AUGGCGAUGAUUGAUGUGAUGAUUGAGGUGGCACUAUUGUCUGGGAGAGAAGUUGAGGCUGAGCGGGUCCAGAUGAUUGAGAAAUCAAUGAAGGUGGAGAGCUUGGGAGUGGCAAAGGAGGAGGUGGGGGAGGUGAUGGAGGUUGUGGUGGAGGUGAAGAAGGUAAAGGUGGGGGAGAAGGGGGUGAAUCUAGUGGCAAUGGAGGAGAACCCUCAAGAAUAUCAGGUAUCUCUGCAGAUAUGUUUGAAGCAGGAUCCAAAAUCCUAUCUGAGCCCUGAAGCUGAGAAUCCUUUUCAGAAGGACUGUUCAGCAGUAGAGAUACAAUGGCGCUUGUCACUUGGGGUAACUGCGGAUGUUUCUGAAUCAACAAUAAUGCGAGUGGCAUCUGCUGGAGAUGCAUUGCUCGGAAAAUCAUUGUCUUCAUCUUCUUCAAACACACGAGAAGAUAAAAAGCCAGGCAGCUGA